UAAUACAUUAGUAAUUAAUAAUUAAUUUGUUUCUCCAACUGCACUUACGCACAACCGAACCAAUGCAUUCAAAACGUUACGAAAUUAUUUGUAAGAGUAAAUAUUAAUAUUGGUCGAAAAGAACCACUGGGUUGUGUAUUAAUUCCAUCUCUUUCAAGUCAUUUAUAAUUCAACGUUGAAAGUAGAAUUAUGGGCAUAAAUUUCAUAUCUUUAAUCCUCCUUCUUCAUCUACUAGUAACCCUUCUGUGUUCUCAUGGAGACCAAGCAAGGGAAUUGUCUGAAAAAGAAAACAAAUCAUUGGAAAUUCAACACAACCAUCAUCAUAGUCAUAUGAACCAUAUUGAUCCUUCAUUAAUGGUGUUCUUCACUUUGAAGGAUUUGAAAGUGGGAAAAAAAAUGCAAAUUUAUUUUCCUAAGAGAGACCCAUCAACGUCUCCAAAAUUUUGGCCCAAAGAAGAAGCUGAAUCAAUUCCUUUCUCAUCAACCCAUCUCUCAUAUCUUCUCAAAAUUUUCUCUUUAUCUCAAGGUUCACCUCAAGCUAUAGCAAUGGAAAACACCUUAAGAGAAUGUGAGAGCAAACCCAUCAAAGGAGAGGUCAAAUUUUGUGCUACUUCUUUAGAAUCUAUGCUUGAAUUUACACAAAACAUUCUUGGCUCAAAAAUUGAUCUUCAAGUUUAUGCUACUAUGCACAAAACAAAGUCAAGUGUUACUUUCCAAAAUUAUACUAUUUUAGAAAUUCUUAUGGAAAUUCUAGCUCCUAAGAUUGUGGCUUGUCACACUGUGCCUUACCCCUAUGCUGUUUUUUAUUGUCAUAGUCAAGAAAGUGAGAAUAGGGUGUAUAAAGUAUCAUUGGGGGGUGAGAAUGGAGAUAAAGUUGAAGCUAUGGUGGUUUGUCAUUUGGAUACAUCUCAAUGGGCACCUAAUCAUGUUUCAUUUCAAGUGCUUGGUGUUACACCAGGAAGCUCUUCUGUGUGCCACUUUUUCCCAGCGGAUAAUCUCAUUUGGGUCCCUAAAUUGGAAUCUCAUGGUUCUUCCAGCAUGUGAUUUGUAAUAUAUAGUAUUAGUGUGUUUGCAAUUUGAGUUUAUGUAAUAUGCCUCAAUAAUGCUAAAUAAUUAUCUGUGUGUGCAGAGCUAAAUAAUGUAAAAUUUGUUAUGAUUAUAUUUAAGAGUCUCUGCUUUUUAUAAUUUCGUUA